AUGAAUGCAGGCCAUCAAGUCGCUGGCGUGGGCCCUCAAGCUAACCACGACCAAGUUGUAGCUUACCAAGUCCAUCGUCCGACGCAGAGGGGCAUCCUCAGCCUAGCCACAGAGACUCUGUACAAGAUCUCUUCGUACCUCACGGUUACAGAAUAUGGAAACGUCAGGUUGACUUGUCGCGACCUGGAAUCCCGCCUCUUUGACGAUUUCGCUAAGGAGUUCUUCGGUGCUCGACAGUUUCGGAUCACGGAGGACUGCCUAAGGACUCUCACCAACAUUUCCAGGUCUCGUCUGAAUGUUUAUGUAACGGAACUUAUAAUCAGCGUUGCAAACCCUGGCCUGGAGUAUAGGGAUUCUUUUACAGCUGUUCCCCCGCACCUUUAUGCGCACAAGCAUCUAAACCACUGGCCUCUGGUGGUUACAGACAGAGGCUUCCAACUACUUACGGUAGCACUACAUGGCCUACCCAACGUGCAGGCGAUUGGCAUCCGAGACUUCUCUUUCGUUGGCCGAUAUCGAUAUAAAGGGAGCCCCCCCUGGUACAGCAGCAUGGCCAAGAGAUUUAUCAUUGUGCCAUCAACACUCCCCCCAGAGCCGGAGAUCGAACGAAGGACUCUUACUGACUACUGUAACCUCGAGAAUUGUUUAGGAGGUCAUCCAAUAUACACAUACCACCUGUUCCUAAUGAUCCUACGGGUCAUGGGGAGCAUCGCAAGAGUGCAUCGCCUCCCUACGCGUCUGGAAAUGAUUUUCAAGUGGGGUUAUAUGCCAUGCGAGUACCUUACAAUCCCACAUGGUAUUCAACUGCAAGCUUCGCAUUUCCUUGGAAAACUCAAGGUCCUGUUCUUGCAAUUUACUCCUGUAACAGACCUGUCUUUUGUCACUCCCCCUGGUGGUGGCAUUUCACCCUGCUCCACUCUGCCGCUCAUGAGACUUCUUUCACAAACGCCAUCACUUCAGCAUUUGAGGUUGGAUUUCACAAGCUACGACCUGUUGAAUGCAGAUGGACCUGGACAGACUCUACGCUGGCUUGCUGGGGAGACCCAAGAGCGCUUCUCAACGGGGUCGAGCAGCCUCUUGGUUUACCCACCACUACCACCAGCACCCACAUUUCAGCACCUGGAACGAUUCGAUUUCGGAUAUGGAAUUGUUCGCCCUUCCGACUUACUCAACUUCUACUUGAAGUAUAAGUCGACCUUGCGUGAGAUAUCUCUUCACGCUGCCUCUCUCGUGACCCAACAACCAGAGUUGAAGGAGGAUGUCAGCGAAUGGGCUAAAUUCAUCGACCAGCUUGCAGAUCUCGAAGAGCUCGGUUUGCAAAUUAAGACCAUAAAUCUCAGCAAACUCACUGAGCGUUACUACAUGGAGACCAGGGACGACAAUGGCUGGUUCAAGACUUAUUUCCGGCAUCCAGGGGCGCUGUGGGGCGCACCCUCACAGAAAUUGUAUAUCAUGACAUGGACCGGUGCCUCUUUAAAACUUGCCCAAAGGGACCUCAAGCCUUGGAUCUUCGUCAACCUGGACGAUGAUCUACAUUACGAGCGGCCUGGUCGUUCAAGUUCACCAGCUGGUCUAGUAAAUAACCAGUGGGCCUAGUAUAAGGAUCUCGGGAGAUGAUAACGCCUUUAAGAACUGGUAAGGUAUGCCCCUGUGCCGUUGACAUACAAGCCUCUAUAUACAACCCACGGAGCCUUCUGCUCUGCUGUUAAUAUAUGAUUGCCUUUGCUGACUCCCUCUUGGAUAUCUCAGGCCAUGCUUGUACUCCUCACCAACGAGCCUCCUAUCACCGACCAAAAUGCCACGAUUUGGUUUCCUCUAAGCACUUCGGAGGCACUCUGUGUAACUAUCGCAUACCCCUCCGGCCCAGGUGCAUUUGUUAUUUCAUAGUUCUCUACUCAUUUCAUGUGCAGGGAAAAUGAAGGGGGCGGAGACUUUUUAUCCCGCCAUGGUGCAAAGAAAGCUCAACGUCCCUAGGAUGGUUGUACCCGCAUCAGCUAGGAGAACAGCCCCCUUCUCGGACGACAACAACAACCUCUACAUUGUAGUCAGUCAUGCCCAGGUAGUAAUACAUUUCGCUUCUUCACACAGUAUGUCGAGUAACAAGCCAAACUCUAGACAUUUCCGUUAAGGAAGUCUAGAAUUGAGCCGAACGUCGUCUCUGCUGAGG